AUGUCUCUCACUUCAUGCCAGCAAUACUCCCUUGAUCGAACAAGCAAGCAAUCCACUACUGUCGAAAAAUACCAAUUCGGAGACCAAGAUGCAGACAUCAAACCAACUCAAGGGGGACUGCAAUGGUUUCCUGAUACAUCCAUGUGGAAUAUCGAGGACAUACAACGAGAACUAGGCCACAUGACAUUCAAGCCGGCCUCAAAAUGGUCCGUGGACAGAAUAUCACGUUUUUUCUCUCUGAUUGAAAGAAAAAGCAUCGAGUUACAGCAGAGUCGACCAGGAUUCGGCCAUCAAUACCAAAAGUUACCAAUCAGCACUGUGCUAAAUUGUGCAAACACAGCAUUCGGGUUCUGCAACUGGUCCAGCGAGGUCGUUCCCGGUUCUGGAAAGCUUGUGAAGUACGCGAAAUCAGAUGAUGCCGAACAGUGCUACAACGUGGACUACGAGCUAAAAAUAAGGCUCAUCCUAAAAGACGGUACUACACUAACCAGAAAUGGCACAGGAAGCGCCAGGUCGUUGCCCCUAAGUCAGGAAUUCUCAAAGUGCAGAAAGGAGGCCAUGACAAACGGCCUAAAGAACUGCUUUUACUCGUUGAUCGGAUUAUUGGUGGACUACGAGGGAAAAGUGAAGGACGGAUACUACGACAGGUACAAAAGCUGA